AUAGAUAGAUAGAUAGAUAGAUAGAUAGAUAGAUAGAUAGAUAGAUAGAUAGAUAGAUAGAUAGAUAGAUAGAUAGAUAGAUAGAUUACAGCACAAGAAAGAACAUUUGUAUUGACGUGCCGAUUUAAAACGAAAUUAAUGGAGAUGUUAGGUAAAUAAAACAAAAAACAAGGAAAAAAUAUUGCAAAGCCAAACCUGUCCUUUGUUAAAAACUCCAUAUCGGCAUAGAUGACAUGAAUUGUAAAAAUCCUCGCGAUAUUUCGUGGUUAAUUCUAAUGAGCAGUGUUGGGUUAUUUCUCCUUUCUCUUUGUAGGUAUUUUUAAUUUUUGGCAUUUUUCUUUUCAUCUCGGAUCCCUUGAAAAUGAUGCUGAGCCCUGACCAACCCGAUUCGGAUCAUCCAUGGGCUCAGUCUGACCCCGAAUCUGUGCUCAAUGAAAUGAAAGUUGGCUGCGUCUCUGACGAGCCGGGGGACGGAGAAGGGAAGACCCGAGCGAUAGCGCCACAGACCUUAAGCCGUGAAGAGAAGCGCAGGAGAAGGAGAGCCACGGCCAAGUACCGUUCCGCACACGCCACCCGAGAGAGGAUCCGGGUAGAAGCCUUCAACGUAGCUUUUGCAGAACUGAGAAAACUCCUGCCAACUCUACCCCCGGACAAGAAACUAUCCAAGAUUGAAAUUCUCAGGUUGGCAAUCUGUUACAUUUCAUAUCUUAACCAUGUCCUGGACGUGUAGGGAGCAAGGAUUAAUACAUUGUAAAACGAUCAGGAAAACAUCGAACAACAUUAAUCCACAUUCGGUCGAAGGAAAAGCACGACUGUGUUUGAAUUCUGAAUCUUACAGAGUGGAAAGUUACGACACUCGUUGAAAAUCAAGAAAAUGAGUCAAACCUUAAGCAGAUCAAAAACGUAUCCACUGCAAUAAGAAAAUGCUUCUCAUGAAUGGAAAUGUAUCGUUUGCUGAUUUAGUAAAACCAAACUCCCUACUUCUUGCAGGCAAACAAAUUACAAACGGUCCAAAUAUAUAUAAUAUAUAUAUCCAUAUAGCAUAUAUAUAAAUUUUGUUCUUAAUUUUAUUUAAUUGUGACUUUACCUAUAAAUGUUUGGUACGGUAAAUGGACCUGAUGUUAAUUUGAAAGAAACUAAACUAAAUGAACAAUGAAGUUAAGGAAAAACUUCAGGACACGUGGAAAGGAAAAAAAAAGGGAAAUCAGAGAUUAUCCUAGCUAAGUGCCACUUCUUUCCAAAACCUUUGUUUGUGACCUUAAUCUGUAAGAACAUUAUUUAUUAAUUUAUUUAAUCGUUUAUUUAUUUAUAUAUUUGUUUGUUUGUUGUGCAGUUCCUUAGUCGGUUAUUUAUUUGUGUUUAUUUAUUGUUUGCUCACAGAUUUCAUUAUUAUUUCUCACUCUGCACUGAGUUAGUUUCUUAUUUGUGCCAAUCUAUUAUUACUGCCCAUUGUUUACAUUUCAAACGUGUCUAGUAUGAUUUUAUUUUUAAAAAUUGUUUUUCCUCAAUUGCACUUGUAAAUGGUCGUUUUAUGUUAGGAAUAUGUUCUAUAUUGAAUUGUCCGUUUUCUUUUCUAUAACUACGAUUAGCACUUCACUUUGGAUAGGGCCUAUAGAAACUUGUUGAUAUCAGCGUUAUUACUGGAAGUGUAGUUUUAUUGCGAACGUUUUAAGGAAUAGCGUCUUGGAAUUUACAACAUUCUCCAAAACGAGUCAAAAACGUAUACAUUAUUGAUUUGAUUGAAAAACAUGCUACUAUUCGGUCAUAAGAGUAUCGUAUCAAAGCACAUCUUUCACGAUAUUAAGUGUUCCCCCUCAAUUUAAAUACUGGAAUACACCCUCACCUAUUGAAACAAAACAAAACAAAAAACCGUUAAGUUCCAAGGUGCUGUUUCCUUGCUGCGACCAAAAAUAGGAGUGUUUUCAAUUUCGCUUAUUUUUAUAUGUAUCUUUAUUUAUUUUUAGUUUGUCUAAACGUCUCUGCUGUGAACCUCUAAAACACUAACUGAUUUUUAUAUAGAAAGAAAGAGGAAAGAAUUACAUAUCUGAUAUCCAAAGAUUUUUUUGUCUUUUCAGGGUUUUUAUUGUGUCUGUUGCUUUAUAGCACAUGAUAUUUUGUAGUGAAGUAGCUAUACCAAGCUGGUUUCUAACAAACACAGUUUUUUCAUAUAUUUAUUGGUGAGCUGUUUUGAAAAUAAAUAUUGAAAUAUUA